AUUUGCUUUAUGAGUUCAGCAUUUUAUUCUUUUAUUAAUUCCAUCACCAAUUCCAUCACUUCUAAGUACGAUAUCAAGUCGCAGAUUUCAACAUCAGGCUUAUGGAAAAUAUAUAAAGGCGAAAGGAAGACAACAGGAAAAAAAGUUGCGUUGUUUAUAUUUGAAAAGAAAACACUAGACGGUGGCUCAUUUAAACGAGAUAGAUCAAGGCACGAUACCGAUGUGAUAUAUGAUCUAUUAAAGAAAGAGGCAGGAAACUUGGCAAGGCUAAGACAUCCUUCCAUUCUUGAGGUUGUUGAGCCUGUUAGUGAAUCCCGCAGCUCGAUCGUAUUUGUGACUGAGCCAUUGAUAGGUUGCCUGACACAUCUAGUGAAAAGUUCUGAUAGUUAUUCUUCAGAAUCAAUAGAGCAGAAUUUGGAUCUCGAUGAAUUAGAGAUCCAAAAAGGUUUACUGCAAGUGGGUAAAGGGCUUCAAUUUCUUAAUGAUGCUAAAGUAGUUCAUCACAAUCUUACAACAGACGCCAUUUUUGUGAAUGCCAAGGGAGAUUGGAAAAUUGGAGGCUUAGGCUUCAGUAUAUUCUUAAAUAGUGAGGCGACACCGAGAAGUCAUGACAACAGUGAAUUUCUACCUGAAGCCUGCCAAAUUAAUCUUGAUUAUGCAGCCCCUGAGUUUAUUUUAGAAAACAACAUCUGCCAAGCUAAUGAUAUGUUUUCUUUGGGCUGUUUAGCCUAUGCUGUUCACAACAAAGGCAUUUCACUAUUAAAAACAUUCAACAAUUAUCAUAGCUAUGAGAAGCAAGUCAAAACAAUCAACAGUCAGUCAUUGUCCAAUAUGCCACAUCAUCUACAGCAAGUACUUUCUUUGCUUCUGGCGAAACACCCAAACCAACGAAUGACGCCAACAGAAUUUCAAAAUUCAAAGUAUUUUGACAAUUUGCUCGUUUCGACCAUUAGAUUCUUAGAAAGCUUUCCUGAAAAGACAAAAGAAGAAAAGGCACAGUUUAUGAAAGGAUUGGCAAAAGUACUAGGUCAGUUUCCUGAACGCGUGAUCAGAAGAAAGAUAUUACCGUCAUUGUUGGAGGAGCUAAAAAACUCUCAACUAUUACCUUAUACUAUACCCAACAUAUUUAUUAUCUCUCAAAGAUUGACUCAGCAUGAAUUUUGCGAACUAGUACUGCCAUCUUUGAAGCCUGUUUUUCUCGUAAGAGAUCCACCUCAGAAUAUGAUUGUUCUAUUGGAAAAGUUGGAUAUACUACAAUCAAAAACAACCAGAGAGACAUUUAGAGAUGAUGUCAUGCCACUUGUUUAUGCUGCUCUGGAAUCACCAACAAACGUCGUUCAAGAAAGAGCGCUGCGAAUGAUUCCUUCACUAUCAGAGUCAUUAGAUUAUACAACCGUGAAAAGUUCAUUGUUUCCUCGUGUUCAGGCUGUGUUUGCACAAACUACAAUUUUAUCAGUGAAAGUGAGUACGUUGAUUUGCUUUCAUUCAAUGAUCAAAGUUUUGGACAAGUUUACAAUCCAAGAAAAGCUGUUACCAAGCUUGAAAAAUAUCAAGACAAAGGAGCCUGCAGUUAUGCUUGCUACAUUGGCCGUUUAUGAUGAAAUUGGUAAGACAGCUGAUAAGGAAAUUAUUGCUACAGAGAUCCUACCUCAACUAUGGAAAAUGAGUUUUGGACCACUACUCAACCUGGAACAGUUUCAAAAAUUCAUAAAGACGAUACGUGACUUGACCGACAGGGUAGAAGAAGCUCAUAUUAGGCAUUUACGAGAAGUGAAAUCACUAGAAGAGCAAACCAAGAGUGUUAGUUCCUCUCCUCAAGUGCAAAAUGUUGCAUCAGACAAUGUCAAUUUUGAGAGCCUCGUACAAGGUAGCAGCACUUUAGCAGUUAAUAAAGUGACAGAAGAUGAUUUCUUUGGAAAAAUGACAGCUGGAAGCAAUAGCGUGCCCGCAUCUCCCAAAAAAGCCACCUGGUCUUCUUCUUCUUCUUCUUCGACUCUAUUAACCCCUUCAAAUGCAACGAAUAGUAAUGUGAAUAAACAGCAAACGACAACUAGUGUCUCUACCUGGAGUAUGCCUGUUCCCGCACUUACACCAAGUCAAGCAAUGCAGUCUAAUGGAUGGAAGCCAGUAGAAGCAACAACAGCCAUGGGAUGGAAUACGCUUCAGAUUAAGCCACCACCUCAACAAAACACUACAUCCAAUCCUCUACUGCCCAUAAAUCAAAUACCCAUGACCAACAGCAGUAGACCUAAUUACAGUGCUUUCAAAGAAUUGCAAAGUAGCAAUGCUGCUCCUUCAAUACCGACAUUACAGCCUUCAAGUAUGAGUGUCCUCCAGCCUACGAUAGCAUCCUCCAAUUCACCAUCAAUGAACACAACGCAAAGAAAGAUAGACAUACAUGCGUUUGAUCCUCUUGGUUAAUAAAAAGAAAUUCUUCUUAACAAGACACUCUUUUAGGAUAGUCUAGAAUCACAUAAUGAUUCUGUUUUCAGCACUC